GAAACCCCAAAAAUCGAAAAGCCCGCCCGAAACCGCCCCAGAAUCCCCAAAUCCAACUGCGAGCGCGGUAACCCCGACCGGGAAGCGGCGGCGACGAUGGCGACCCUGGCCCCCGUCAUCGAGAUCAUCGACGACGACGACGACGACGGCGUCGGCGUGGCCGCCUCCCCUCCCGCGGUCCUCUCAGGCAGGCGCGGCCGCGCCACUCCCCCGCCCGCGGCGGCCGGCGACUCCCCGGACUUCCUCGAGGCCUUCUCCCCCUCCCCGCCCGCCCCGAAGAGGCGCGCCGCUCCCUCGCCCGCGGCGGCUCUCGACUCUCUCAACUUCCUCGAUGCCUUCACCCCCUCCCCGUCCGUCCCGAAGCGGCGCGCCUCCGCGUCCGCGUCCGCGACCCCGAUCGUCCUCGACGACGACACCCCUCCCCCGCCGAGGCGGCGCCCGUCCCCGACGCCCAUCCUGCUCCUCGACGACACGCCUCCCUCGCCGUUCGUUCCGGAGAUCCCGGACAUUGCUGUCGCGGGGACACCGCCAGCCUACAGCACCCCGCGCUCGUCUGGGCCUUCCAGUGUCCCAGGCUCCUCUUCGACUGGCCGCGCGCAUGAUUCGUAUGGAGCUUCUUGUCCAAUAUCUCUGGACAGUGAUGACGAGUUGGAUGACUUUGGGACCAUAGAGCCAUUGGCCAAGUUGAUUUUACCCGGUGGAAAUUCUUCUCCACAAGAAGAGGGUGACCACAACAUGGAAGAGAAUGCACGACCGAUCAACGAAAGAAAGGGACGUAAGAGACUAAAUAAAGAAGAGAAAGACAAAAUGAUCGAAGAGAAAAAACGACAGCGAGAGGAAAAAAGGAAGCAAAAAGAAGCUGAUAAAAUAAAACAAGCUGAGCAAAAGAAGUUGGCCAAAGAAAAAGCAGACUGGGGUUCAGGAAAAAACGCUUUAGAAUCUAUUGUCGCCAAGAUUGACCCAAAGGUCAUAGAAACUGGCUCAAUCGCAGGUGCUCUCCUGACAAUGUUUUCAGAAAAGAAACUUACCUAUCAAGUUGAACGUAAUCCAAUGAGGGGAUCAAUUUUGUGGAAGAUGGUUUCUCCAAGUGAUCAGGAGCCAGCUUUGGAGCCAUAUAUCCUAUUUGUGCUCCAUGCUGAGGAAUUCUGUGAUCUUAUAAGCAGUGGAAAGUUCUUGGAUCAUGUUCUCGAAGCUCGAAGUCUCUAUCCAACAUUCACUAUUUGCUAUGUCACUCAUAAAUUGAUGAAAUACAUAUAUGAUAGAGAUCAAAGCCAGUAUAAGAAUUCCGACAGUUCUAAUAGAUGGAAACGUCCACCUGUGGAACAGGUUUUGUGCAAAUUAGUAACACACUACGAUAGAGUUCAUUCCAAGGAUUGCGCAGAUGAGGAUCAACUAGCAGAGCACGUUGUUCGCUUGACAACUAGUCUUGCAAAAUGCAAAUUCAGGAAGCAAUUGUCAUGGUUAUCUGUGCAAGCUAAUGGUGUGAUUGUCCCAAAUGAUUUUGUGAAUAAAGAUCAGCUUAAGAAGGAUACUUGGUUUAUGUCUUUACUAGCUAUCCCCAAAGUCAAGCCAAGGCUUGCCCUGGCAAUCUGGAAGAAGUACCGUACCAUGAGAUCUCUUCUGAGUGUAUAUAUGGAUCCCAAUAAAAGUAAUCGCGAGAAGGAGCUUUUGCUUAAAGACCUGAAGUGCGAAGAUAACCUUGGCGAGGAAAGCAAAAAGGUGGGACCAGUAUACUCUAGGAGGGUGUACAGAAUGCUCAUGGCAGAAAAUGGGGCAAUGGAAGCAGAAGAAGCUGUGAAACCCUAAGUUUAUGCAGUAGCAUCCUUUGGUCUCUUGGACUACUUGUUAACUUAGCGUGUACUAGUACUCCCUCCGUCCGGAGAUACUUGUCAUCAAAAUGAAUAAAAGGGGAUGUAUCUAGAUGUAUUUUAGUUCUAGAUACAUUCAUUUUUGUUCAUUUUGAUGACAAGUAUUUUUGGACGGAGGGAGUAUGUAUUAGGUGUUGCGCUGCCCAGAUGAGAUUCCAAGUUUCAUGCUGUGCUUUUGUAAUGAAGCCAUUAGCUGCUCAUGUUCCGUGAAACCUCUGAAAACGGAACAAUCGUAUGUUAAUGCUAGUCUCUGAGACUGAGUUGUACUGUGCGGAACUUCAUCGAUCCUGCACAGUAGUCUCUGAGACUAGAGUUGUACGGUACGGUCAAGCAUCUACUCCCUCCA